UUUCUUCGGUCGCACAAGACUUGGCUCUGAGUCUUUUAACCGGUCAAAGAUGAACAGCUUCUUCUGGUUACUUCUUUUUUUUUGGUCCUCCUAAUCAACAUUGAAGAAUCGUAGCACCAUCACAAAUACGGUGAAGUUCUCAACUUGAAUCGUCUUCUUCGAUAGUCUCCCACUUGUUUCAAUCAGAACGAUGGAUCUAUCUACUCUAUCACCUGCGGAGAUCACGGUGAUGGGAGCCAUGUUCUGUGUUUUGCUCUCGAUGCACUUCACCAUGCAGCUCAUAUCCCAGCAUUUGUUUUACUGGAAGAACCCUAAAGAACAGAGAGCCAUUAUUAUUAUCAUACUUAUGGCUCCUGUUUAUUCCAUCAACUCUUUUGUUGGUUUGUUAGAUGCUAAGGGAAGCAAACCCUUCUUCAUGUUUCUAGACGCCGUUAAGGAUUGCUAUGAGGCACUUGUCAUUGCUACAUUCUUGUCUUUGAUGUAUAGUUACGUAAACAUAUCGAUGAGCGCACAGAUUAUCCCUGAUGAAUACAAAGGGAGAGAGAUCCACCAUUCCUUUCCAAUGACUCUUUUCGUGCCCCGCACCAUGCAUCUGGAUUACCGCACACUGAAACAGCUCAAGCAAUGGACAUGGCAGUUUUGUAUUAUCCGCCCAGUGUGUUCCUUCUUAAUGAUAACACUACAGAUCCUCGGGAUUUAUCCAGCGUGGUUGAGCUGGAUUUUCACCGUCGUUCUGAAUAUAUCGGUUUCCCUGGCAUUGUAUUCUUUAGUGAAAUUCUACCAUGUUUUUGUCAAAGAGUUGGAGCCUCAUAAGCCACUUACGAAGUUCAUGUGCGUCCAAGGGGUAGUCUUCUUCUGCUUCUGGCAGGGAAUAGUGCUGGAGAUAUUAGUGAAAAUGGGAGUAAUAAAGUCGCAUCAUUUCUGGCUGGAGGUGGAGCAGAUUGAGGAAGCUAUGCAAAACGUGCUUGUGUGUCUUGAGAUGAUCGUCUUCUCCGUCAUUCAACAGUACGCAUUUCACGUUGCUCCUUACAGUGGAGAAACUGAAGCUAAGAUGCGAAUGAAUAAGAGGGAUUGAUGCGCUUUUUUCUUCUUCUUUUUUUGUGUGGUUAAUGUGAAUGUUAUUGAUGUUCUGUUACAAACACCAUAGUGAUUAAAUAAUGUAUCUUUUUGCUUUUUGUAUUCUCAUAUUAGGAAAGAAAGAGCAUUCUAAUU